AUAAUCCUACGAGAGACAAAGAGGAGAGAGAGAGAGAACAAAAGACGGAGGAGCUGGAAUCACAUGGAGUUUGUUCGGUUGAUGGGGCCUCCCUCCCUGCACCCGACAAUUAUGAGCUCAACGUUUUGUCAAAAGUAAAAAAGAUUCUUCUCUCCUCUCCUCUCUCUCUCCCUCCCUCCUCUCUCUCCUCCAUCGUUCGCCGGAAAAAUCAUGGCUGACGAUAAGGAGAUGGCUGAUCCUGUUCUUGAUGCCAAUGAUGCUGUCACUGGUCACAUCAUUUCUACGACUAUUGGUGGCAAAAAUGGAGAACCAAAACAGACCAUCAGCUAUAUGGCGGAGCGUGUUGUUGGGACAGGCUCAUUUGGGGUUGUUUUCCAGGCAAAAUGCUUGGAAACUGGAGAGACAGUGGCAAUAAAGAAGGUUUUGCAAGAUAAAAGAUACAAGAACCGUGAACUGCAAUUAAUGCGCACAAUGGAUCACCCAAAUGUGGUUUCUCUAAAGCAUUGUUUCUUUUCCACUACGAGUAAAAACGAGCUUUUUCUCAACUUAGUCAUGGAGUAUGUCCCUGAGACCAUUUAUCGAGUUUUGAAGCAUUACAGCAAUCUGAACCAGAGAAUACCUCUCAUCUAUGUUAAGCUUUACACUUACCAAAUCUGUAGGGGGCUGGCAUAUAUGCACACUGUUCCGGAAGUUUGCCACAGGGAUUUGAAGCCUCAGAACGUCCUGGUUGAUCCUCUUUCUCACCAGGUCAAGAUUUGUGAUUUCGGAAGUGCAAAAAUGCUUGUGAAGGGUGAAGCAAACAUAUCAUACAUAUGCUCGCGUUUUUAUCGGGCUCCAGAACUCAUUUUUGGUGCCACAGAAUAUACAACUUCAAUUGAUAUUUGGUCAGCUGGCUGUAUACUUGCUGAGCUUCUUUUAGGCCUGCCAUUGUUCCCUGGAGAAAAUGCAGUGGGCCAGCUUGUGGAGAUUAUCAAGGUUCUUGGUACACCAACUCGGGAAGAAAUUCGCUGUAUGAAUCCGAAUUAUACGGAUUUUAGGUUUCCACAGAUAAAGGCGAACCCUUGGCACAAGAUUUUCCACAAACGGAUGCCUCCUGAAGCAAUCGAUCUUGCCUCAAGGCUGCUGCAGUACUCCCCAAAUCUUCGCUGCACUGCGCUGGAGGCAUGUGCACAUCCGUUUUUUGAUGAACUUCGAGAACCCAAUGCCCGUCUACCAAAUGGUCGCCCAUUACCUCCUCUUUUCAACUUUAAGCAGGAGUUGUCUGGAGCUUCUCCGGAUCUUGUAAGCAAGUUGAUACCAGAGCAUGUGAGACGGCAGAUGGGUCUAAAUUUCUUCGCGACGGACCCAUAAGUGACAAAGGAUUGGUAUCUACUAAUUGUUGAUGUGAGACAAACAAGGAUUCACUCACACUCAUCAAAAGGUCUCUUUGAUCUGCGCACGGCCGGAAAGAUUUAGGUGGCUCAGUGGCUGCACUCAAUAUAAGGUUGGUGUGCUCCUUUGCUCUGCCUUUUGACAUAUACCAACCAACACCUGGAGAGAGAGGGAGAGUGAGAGGGAAUCAGUUUGUAUAUGUUAUUUUGCAGAAGAAAAAACUAAAAAUAAAGACUUUUGUGUAUGGAUAGGUUGGAAGGCCCCUCGAAAGAACAGCUGGGAUAGAAGGGGUGGGGUUGGUGGUGGUUGUUUGUUUGUUUGUUUUUCUUUGUAUUUAGUUGUGGUUAAUUGAAUCACAUUGUUGUUGCUCCCUUUUGUACGUAUUUAUUACCCACUAGAUCUUCCACUUACC